AUAUACUAUAAUUGCCUAUAUAAAUGUUGUUAUUGCGUUUAUAACUUUAUUGAUCAUACUGUUUUCAACAUUUAAUGUAAUCAAACAAAAAAUACUUAAAUAUGGUGUUCUAUCACGGGGUUAUUACGAUUACUUUCUCCACGAUAAAGGUAAAUUUGUGACUUAAAUAACCAUUUGUUUCUAACUAAUAAUUAUUAGGAAUUUUUCUCCAUCAUUUUCAGCAGGCAUGGAAAAAACUUUCUUGUAAAUAUUUUAACUGGAAUUUCAACAUUCUUCGUCCUUUUAUUUCUUUUUGUACCGAUUUUUUUAUUUGAGAACUUUAUAAAAAUCUGCUUAAAACUUCGAUACAAAGAAAACUUUGGAGGUUUUUUAGAUUUUGAUACUUUUUUCGAACGAUUAAAAUUAACAAUAACCUACGUUUACUUCGUAGAAUCAAAAUCUUACACAGAAGUGUUUGAAAAUGUAGAAACUCAAGUUCAAAAAUUAUAUAAAUCAAACUAUAAAUUUUCGAGUAACGUUAAAAAAUGUUGUGGGUUGUAUUUUUUCGUUAAGAAUCAAGUGAAGAGUGAAAAAAUUUUAUUUACAUUUGAAAAUGAUUUUUCAAGCAGAAACGAAUUCGUUGAUUUCUUAGAAACGAAUCAUUUCGGUGAAUUUGAAAGUAAUGAAAAGUUGUGGGAGGUGCAAGUUUUUAAAAAUCCUAUAUUUUGGGAUGAAGAAACUGUUUUUCCAGUUGUAAUCAGGUAUAAUCAUUGCGUAGGUGAUGGAGUGACGUUAAUGAGUUUCCAAAGAAAAUACUUAUUAAGUAAUGUAAAUGACGCAACGUUUAGAAACGCCAUGAAAAAAUCAAAACGACCAGAAAUAAUUUUAAAUCGAAUAAAUUUACUAAAAUACAUAAAUUCUAUGAAAGUAAAAAGUAAUUAUUUGCAACCUCAAUAUGUUUCCAAACCAAAUUUAGCAACUUUUAUUGAAAAUGAACCAAAAUAUUUAAAUAUUAUUAAAAGAUUAGCUCGAAAUUUAGAGUGUAAUUUCACAAGUAUUGUGUUAUCCGCAUGUACUGCAAGUAUAUUAGACUUUUUAAAAAACAAACGUAUUUAUCCAAACAACCUACACCUGGCAAAUACUUGUAGAGAGUUUUCUGAAAACAUUAACGACGUUUUGGAUGGAAAAAUUCUCCAAAAUCAUGCGAGUUUCGAUUAUUAUAACGUUCAGACUGUCGAGGGCAAUUUUUAUUUACAAUUUAAAACGUGGUUAAAAUGUUUUAAAACUGAACGGGAUAGUGGUGAUUUUCAACUUUUAUUUUUACUGAUCAAGAUUAGUAACUAUAUUCCUCUUUAUUUUGUGAAACGCAGUUUGACGUCGUUGACAAGCAAAACAUUACUGGGUGUAACUAAUAUUCCUGGUCUAGAUUUUGGAAAAUUUGGUAAUUUACCUAUAAAGAAGAUGUUUUUCUUUGUUAAUCAUUUUGCUUAUACUAAAUUUAUUUUGUUUGUAUUAUCUUAUGGAGGAAAACUACAAGUAUCACUUAUGUCUGACGAAACCGUCGAUAUCAAUAGAAAAGAUCUACAAAGUAUUUUAGAAAAUACUUUCAAAAAAAUCGAUGAUUUAUGCGAUCUCCAUUAAAAGAAUUCAAUUAAGACAUAAUAUUCUGUUAAGAUACGAUAAUAAAAUGGUAAUUGUUCAUAUGAACAAGGCGAAACACUGGAAAAAAUAGUUAAAAUUCAAUAUAUCUCGCGAGGAACUAAAUAAGCAAUUUGUAUGAUCGUCUCGUCUCGCGAGGAAAAUUUAAUAUUAAGAAGAGAAGGGGGUACUAGCCCAAGUUAUGAAUUUAUAAUGAGUUACAGACAAGUACUCCUUAAAUAGCUGUCAAUUUAACUGUAUAGUACUAAAAUUAGAACUGUAUUGUAUGAUGGAAAAUAAUUUCUUUGAAUAUGUUAUCUUAAAUUAAAAAAAUUGUGGCGAAAAACAGGUUGUUUAGGUGAACGAACCCUUAACAUCUACUUAAAAAGUAAUUAGGGUUAAACUGAACCAUCCUCAUACGAAUUUAAUUAAGUAAAUCCCUUAAGAUUUUUGCGUCGCCAGAUGGUACUUAUUAUCCUAUUAACUUCUUUUUAGAAUCCUCCGGGCUAUUAAUACGAUUCAUUCGUGCAAUACGCGACUCACGUGCAGAUAAUGAGAGUGUCUGUUGGGGUUGUUUACACUCUGUCCCAAAGCAAUUUUUAGCGGACCCAAAAAAACGGCACGCACAUUCCAUUAUAAAUGAACUACACUCUUGAAAAUUUUCGCUUCCCAAUUUCGCCUAAUUUCCCGUCGCGUCGCUACGAAAAUUGUGGGUGCUUGUUGACCGUCGCGACGCUGCCGGAAUCCGUAAUUGGGGUGAAGAAAACGAAGGGGGUCUUAGAUACCCUCUAUUGAUGCGAUUCCGCCACGACGACGUUCGUAAACAUCACGGCGAAUAAAACGGGGGUGGGUCGGUAUGUUUUGUCACCACAACGAUAGCAAAAGCAAAGACGUGGGCGAAUUCAAAGAUGAAAGAGAGGAGCUGGAUGACGAAUGGAUGUGCUGGAGUAAAAUUUAUUUAAGAAACUCAUUGUUUGAGUAUGUCGAGAUGAAAUUUAAUAGGCUUAAAAUUUACGAUAAACAAAGUGUGUCGGAAUGAACACAAAAUGCGGCGCCGAUAUGUAUGUUUUGGUAACCGCUUUAUACCUUUUUAGACUAUAAAUGGUGCGAAAAUGAAUCUUAAACCGGUUGUGGUUCGUGCGGUUCUUGUCGAUCGCGGAGAAGAUUAAUCUGGGUGCCGAAAGUGAGUCACCACGUACACCUUUCGUCGUUGUACAAUAAGUCAUGCAUAAUUCAAUCAUGAAAAGUAUAUUUGUAGCGUUUACAACAUCCCUUGGAAUAAUGAAUUUGCCCCGGGAUUUCGUGCAAUACAAACUCGCCAUACAGUUUAGCAAGUUCCUCUCUCGGGCAAUGUUAAUUCACCUGGUUGUUCAUCACGUCGUUUCCGCUUUGCCAUUUAAUACACCGCUUCUGCAACGGCAUCCGCUCACUUUUGUCUUAAUUUCAUCUCCAAGCAAUUUUCGCGUUAAUUUUAUUAACAUAUUACAGGAAAUAUCCCCAACACGUUUCCUUUGUACUCAAAACAAAGCGAUUAUAAACGAAAAAUCCUUUAUUUUUAGAUACAUUUUACGUUCGAAUUCUUUUUUUAGAGGAGGGUGUAGUUUGUAAAAAUCACAAUAGAAAGAUUUAUGAUGAAAAAAAAAUAUUUUCUUUUUGGCUCGUGCUUAAUAUGGAAGCCGCGUAUACUUUAUCCCGACUCAAAUUUACAUAAUAACCAAGAUUAACGUUGCAAAUUUCGUCCUCUCAGUUCGUUUGGUUUCGAUGCAUCGUUGUCGGCUAAUCCUUGAGAUGUUAAUUGAAUGGGUUACUCGGUAUUCGAUGUUAUCGAGACUUUAUCAUUCGUUGGAAUCGACUGAAAAUUGUUUUCUUCUUCGCGAAACGAACAUUUGCGCGCUAUCGGUUUUAUCUACCGUGAACAUCCAUUACAACCAGAGACAAGAUAAACGGAAUAAAAACAACUUUGUACCGAAGACGUGAUCGAACUUGGAGUUCUCGUAUCCGAGAUGAUUGUGGUGUCUAUCACUUCGGAGUUGAGUUAACCGUGAUGUUAUCCAAUAAAUAAAAUCAGCUUAUGUAAUCAUUUUAAAUAACUUUUUAUGUAUGCCACACUUUUAAAAUUGAUUUUACAGGUUGUUAGAAAACCACAACGAUUUAAUCGCAUUAAACGUUCCAGUAAUUAGAAAUUCGGAGGUUGAAAAAAAAAACGAUUUAGAGUGGUGGUGAGAGAGAAAAUGGAAUAAAAUUUCGAACCGCCAUCUGGCUCAUUCGACAUCAUUAAGCCCUAAAGAACCUAACUGAAAAUUUAAAUUUAAUUCGCCGAGUGGCGGUCGUUGACUUGGAAAAAUAACAAAAAAAAGAAAAUAUAAUGAAAAGAAAAUUAUUCCAACCACGGUAUUUUCGUGAUUUAUCGUUAAUAUAAUUUGGUACGUUAUCGACAUCACAUUUCCAUUUUAACGAACCAAAUUUAUACAUGGUAGAGGUUCGGAUUAAAACAAACCGAAACGGUAUCGGAUAUUUCCUAGAAUUAAUACACCCCAAAAGCAAAUUAAAGCUGCCGCAUCCAUUGUGAUAGUUACAUUUCAACCUGAUUUACAUUAAACUGAAAUAGAUGUGAUGACGUGGUUCGUUACGGGAUUUAUUUAUGAUACGCGUAAAUUUAACCCCUUCCUUGAGGCGUGGUUUUUAGAAUUGGAUUGUAUAAGAGAAACGUUCCGAUUUUGUACUUGCAAAUUCUUCCAGUAUGUUAAGAAAGUGGUAUUGGUAUUCACGAAUGGCAUAAAUAAACAUAUAAAUUGUUACAUUUAAAACUUAAUCAAAUAAACCGCUUUGAA